UCGCGUUUGUCCGACUCUGCGGUGGAUCAGAACGUUGGUGGAGCUCCAAGAGGAACUACAAGAUGUCCAAAGCGAAGGCUGCACCCCCUUCUGGGUGCACACUGAACAUCAACGACCCUCAGGUCCAGGAAGCCGCGAUCAGAAUCCAAGCUUCGUAUCGAGGACACAGGUCACGUAAAGAGUUGCGUGAGAAGGGUCCUCCAAAGAUCCUGCAGGAGCUCAAAGAUGUGGUCCUCGUUGAGGGCAGCGCCGCAAAGCUGGAGUGCAGAGUUAGCGCUUUCCCAGAUCCGUUCAUCAUCUGGUACAAAGACGGUAAAGAACUCAAAGACGGGCCAAAGUACCGCUACAUGUUUGAAGACCCAGAUUUUGUGGCUCUUGUGGUUCGAGAUGGAGUUCUGGCUGACCUGGGAAAAUAUACGGUGACCAUCAAGAACCCUUUUGGACAGACGUCGGGAUCUGCGUGUAUUCUGGUGGAGGUACCGGCUAAAGUUUCCAAAGGACCGGACAAUGUCAGGGGUAAAAGAGGGACAACAAUUGUGCUAAAGGCCGAGAUUAGUGGAGAACCUCCGCCAGAUGUUGCUUGGCUCAAAGACGGAGACGACAUAGAUGAAGACGAGCGUGUUUUCUUCGAUGUUGGCGACACCAACACGCUACUCACCAUCAAAAAUGCGAAGCUGUCUGACGCCGGGAAGUAUGAAGUGUUUGUGGAGAACAACCUCGGUACAGACCAGUCCUUUGCCAGAGUGGAUGUUCUCUGAUCUGUGUCCUCCUCACAGUUCAAUUCAAUGAACAACACGCAGUAGAAGAAGUUCCAGACUGUACAUAACUUGAAAUAAACUCUUUUUUUUCUCACAUUUCAAGUUU